AAGAAGGUCCCAGGACCAGAUAGGUGGAAAAGACUGCGCGGCCAACUACUUCGAGAUCAACAACUCGGGGCCAACUAGCGUGCUGCUCUUGGUAAAACGAAAGGAAAAAAGAAAGAAAAAAAGGGAGGAAAAGAAAAGCCGGAAUCAUGGUCAACAAAGUGCUCGCGGCCUUCGUGGCCAUCGACGGGCUGUUCGCGACCAUGGGCGCCGUUAUGCUCGGAUUUUCCGUCAUCGUACUCAACACCUGCUUUAACGAACCAACAGAAGGAGAAGAGGCGGCGCGGGAUCUGCUGUACCGGACAUUUCCUUUGACUGCUGGUAUCGUCAACGCCAUUUUCACAUUACUCAUCUUCCUCGUCACCCUCCCGGCUCUGUCGACACCCGCUCGAGGAUGGCUCAAGUUCGCCGGAUACCUGAUCGUCGCCGACGCCAUUUUCACUUUGAUCAUCGGUUUAGAUCUGUGGAUCAUCACUCUAAGGACGAAGGAGGUGUUCCAUGACAUCUGGAUAGCACAGCCUGCAGCUAUCCAGGACCUGCUGCAGACCGAAUUUCAAUGCUGCGGAUUCUUCAAUAGUACUUCGCCCGCAUUCGUCACUGAUGCCACCUGCCCGAGCCCUGCUGCCGCUGCCCUCCUAAAGGGCUGCAGCACACCUCUGACGUCCUUCGGCAACAUCUUUAUCGACAACAUCUUCACGGCUGUGUUUGGCAUGGUCGGCAUCGACGUCGCACUCAUCAUGGCCACCGCCUGCCUGCUCAAGGACCGGAAAGAGCGCGAACGAUUCCGAUACAUCGACGAGAAGGCUGGUAUCCGGGGAAGUACCUUCUAAAAAAAACAUGUUCCUUAUGUUCAAACGAUCGCCCCUGGCGACCUUUCACUUUCUCACCGUUCACCAUUGACUGGCAUAAUCGAUCCCGGAGCGGCGGUUACAGGACCGAUCUUUUUUUUAUUUGGAAUAGGGGAUUGGGUAGUUCUGGACGAGGUUUGGAUUACACGGACUGGUUAUGGGCAUUGUGGGAUUCCGGGAGUUACAGUAGUGGCAUUGGUACUAGGCUCCUGCUUCCGGGUUCCAGGGCACAUUGUGUGGUAAGAUCAUAC